CACAUCCUUUCAGAUUAACUCGUUUAUUUUCUUUGUUUGUUUAACUUACGCCCUACGAUGCCUUGGUUGCCGUUUCCCGAGUCAAUCAAGAAGAGAGCGUGUCGGUAUUUACUUCAGCAUUAUCUGGGAAAGUUUCUACAGGAGAAACUCCGUCUUGAUCAACUUAGCUUGGACCUCUACAGUGGGAAAGGUUGUGUUGAAAACGUGAUGCUAGAUGUUUAUUCAGUGAAUGAAUUGCUCACACAGUUUCAUGUUCCUAUUGAGAUGGUAUCAGGAGAUAUUGCGUCAAUAUCUGUGAUGAUACCAUGGUCUAAUUUAUUAAGUGAGAACUGCAUAGUAGAGAUAAAGGGACUUCAUAUAAAGGUAGCUAUGAACCACCAACGGCCCGCCAACUUUGCUGACAUGACUGACUCGUUCUACGAAUCAUACGGCAGCAUGUCAACCUCGAUGCAGCUUGCACAGGAAUGUUUCAAACAACAGGAAGAAGAUAUUAAACAGAACAAAGACAGCGGUUCAAUGUUCGAAGGGUUGGAAUUAUUCGCAAAAACAAUCGAAAAUAUUUUGUCUCGGGUGAAAAUCAAGUUUUCUGAUGUAAAGUUUGGGUUCGAACAUUUUAAUUAUCAAUCAAAUAAACGGAUCAGACUGGAGUUAUCCAUCAACGAACUUCAGUAUUUUGAUGAAGUGACAAUGAACAGCCAACAAACCAACCAACCCACAUUUAACGAGGGAACCGAACACCUCACCAACUUAUUAAACCAAACCAUCACCAACUCAUGCAAGAGAUUCCAAAUAUCGGGCCUUGACCUUCAUAUGACCUCCAUUAUUGACCAGGAGGGCGAAGAGAUGAUAUACGACAUGUCACCAACAUUAAUUGCAUCGUGUUAUGGUAAACACGAGUUGAAGGUUCGUAUAAAACAUAAAGAACAAAUACCUGGACCAAAGAUGGAGUUGGAUUUCUUUAUCGGGUCGUGUUUCGUAUUCCUUACUCCAAAACAAAUCCACCUUCUUAUCAACGUCCUCCAAGAAAUAUCCGAGCCACUUGGUGGCGGUAUAUCACACAGGGACAGCGCGUUUAGUCUGGAUCGGAACAUCCAAGCCCCUGAUGUUGCUCCCCCUGGUCGUGGAAGGGAGGAGAGGUUUUACUUGAUGUCGGCGUCAUCCACGUUGUACCAAGUUAACGGUGACUCACAGUGCGGGGAAAUGUCGGGCACGAGUUGUGGAAGUAGUUGUAGUUCAGCUGGUGAGUCCGUAGACCCCGCGCAGUUUAAUAUGGAGCGCAAGAAGCGGGGUAGAAGAAAAGGCAGGACAUCGGAGUCAGCGGGGGUGGAUUGUGUUUCGUUUCAAUCGCAGUUGGACUUCAGCUUGCUUGUUGUUACCGUGUUACAUGUAGACCCAAUAUUUCGUGGCCAGAAAGUUGGUAAAGAUGACUUGAAAGGGGCGUGUGGUGCGAGCUCGUAUUUAUCGGAAAUUGCGUCAAAGUAUUUCAAGAAAGCUGAGACGGGUGUGGACGGUGAUCUGUUUGAAAACCGAGCGAAAAUGUCAGGUUGGUGUGAGACGCACGAUCAUCUAAGGUUUGUGGGACGUCCUGUGCAUGUACAACACCAACAGAAGGAAGGAGGAGCGUCCCAUCUUGCAUCCCUCCAUGUAUCAGCAUCCCUGGGUGAUGUGGACUUCGUGGAGUGUCUACGGCGGACCGAGGAAGAUCAAGGAUCCUCGUGGAAGUUUAAUCAAAUCCUUGCAUUUAACGAAAGAAAUCCUUCGGAGAAAUCCCUUCAAAUAAAUAUCGAUCGUGAAGAAUUGAAACACUCGAUACACAACGAUGUUAAGAUUCAACUUGCAGAUUGCACAUGCGAAGUUGACAUCAGCAUCGUGGAUAGGUUAAGCACAUUAUUGAACUAUCCAUGCAGUGGUAUGGGCUCGGCCGGUCAAUACUCAUUAUACAGAACAUCAGGAAACAAUCAGUCGAUAUUCCAGAAGGUUUUAGAUGAGGAUGCUGAACGUAAAGUUUCUUCAUUCGAUGUCAAUUUAUCAUGUCCUAAUGUUAAGAUCAUCCUGUUGUUCCCGAUCCCUGACUUACGAUCGGAGAUGGAUCGCAGACCUUGGUUCAAACAAUCCAUUAGAGAGGAACAAAUGCAUUGUAUGUUGCACGAGUUGCAACUAUCAACACAGUUUGUUAACCAAGAUGACGUCACCCAGUACAGCAGCAACUUUUCCCACCACAAACAAGUAUAUAUGAUGCAAGUCAAACAAAUUGAACUACUUUACGCUGAGAAUAAUAAAAAACCCCCCAAACAGUUCCUGAUGGCGAAACAAAAGCGCGAUGCUUCUCCGCAUGAUAAGAAAUCCACAUCCGACAUGGACUUCCCUUAUUUAAAGGUGACCAUCCAACCCCCACAACCCCCCGACUUCAACCCAAACUUUACUUUAUACGAAACAACCAACAACUCCACGUUUCCACCUAGUGACCAAAACACGGGCUCAUAUUGGCAGAAUACUUCGGUGUUUGGGUUGGGAGAAAACGGGUUGAAUGAAGAGAUUUCACCUUUUUCUAAACGGAAAGUUGUUUAUGUGAACGAGGACGUGGUGAUGCCGGGCAACUGUGAUGAAAUCCAAACUUUUACAUCGCACGCCACACAAACCUCAUCCUUAUCAUUGGAUGUCUACCUCCCUCAUGUGGUGGCUACUCUGCAUUCAAAAGAUUUCCUCGAGAAUAUUUACAACAGGAUCGGCAACGACUUGUUGUUAUGGCGACCCGCAGCCCCCCAACCUUUUGGAGCAUCUACCUUCACCUCAACCAUCCUCCCAACCACACUUCCACACCAACCAAUAUUCGACCCAAACAUGAGGCCGAAGUUCUUCGCUUGCAACUCAAGAGAUGGUUCAGACUCGGAUUAUUCCGACGAUGCAGUUCCUCCAUAUAAGGAAACAUUGCGUGAAAGUUUCAGUAAAAAGGAAAGUUCGAUUGCCGUCACAUUGAACAUCAACCAAGGGAGCGUGACGGCUAACUGCGCUAAGGGACAACUUAUGUUAAAGAUUGAAAACGGAAGUUUAUUUUAUGUUGGUGGAUACGAAGGGGAUUCCAACCUUGAUUAUGUUUGUAUUGAUAUGGAAGGCUGUUGGUUGUUUUACAAGGAAAACGGUCGAACUUCAUUUAAUCUUCCAUCGACGUCCACACCAAGCAACAUGGAGACCAUCAUAUUUCCCACUUCAUCUAUGGUUAAUAUGUGUUUCAACAAAGGUCGGCACAGUAGCGGUGAUGGGAGGGACCGUAUGGUCACCAUGGUUGUCAAGUUAGAUUAUGAACAACCCAGCCUCAAACACUGUGUGUUGUCAACCUUACUAUCGGGGGCGACACUUCAUCAUAAGUUUGUGCAGCAAGAUGUUAAUUGGUUGAAUCAGAUCACGGACUUCUUCGAUCUCACCGACCACGAGGUGCUUGGCUACAAACCACCAUCCAUUAUCACACAACUUCAUCUCCAUUUUGAUCGAUGUUGUGUCAAGUAUCAUCCCCCAUCGUGCCCAGUUGGUGCGCUCGCCACUCUUCAUUCCUUCUCUCUAUCAUCGAACAUGGUGGCGGGAUCUCCUUCAUCAUUACUUCAUAUACUCAUCGAUAAUGCUUCAUUGUUCCUCACUAAAAGUGACGCACGUGAAGUUAGAUCUAUGAAGGAUUACGUUUGUGUGGUUGAAGUUGGAUUGUUGGAAGUUUGUUUGAAAAUCAACAACUCAACAAAACAAACGGAUAAUGAGAAGAUGAAACACCCCCUGAUAGAUUUAUCCAUCUUCAACAACAAGGUAAAGAUUCAAACAUGUUCCGAUUCAUUUGGAGCGUUAUUCACCAUCAUAAAGAAGUUUGUGGAGGAAAUGGAGGCUUCUAUGAACAAACAAACAAAUGUUAUGACAUCACAAUCCAUUCAUACAUCGCAUGAUGAUGUCAUAAUCAAAUCCACAGAAGAGGCCAUGUUAGCAUCGCAUGAAAGUUUGUACCAAGACACGGUGAGUGACUUACUUGCUGACGCCAUGGUUGACGUGGAAACCGAUGAUGUCAUCACAUCUGUACAAAGGUCACCUGAGCACGUCCUACUCACCUCUCAUGCAACAGACCAACCUCCCGAAGUAAUGACCCCUGAUGAGUUCAUGACCUCGACCUCAUUCGAACCCGACGACACCCAGUUCUGCAUCAUCGAGGACCCCGGGUUUGGGGGGUUUAACGAGAACGAGCCUGAGGUGCGUUACAUCAUCGAUGAUGAUGUCAUCAGUUACCAUGAAAACCACUUUACCCCCGUCCUGGGGAAGACGGAUCAACUCAGCGCUCCGGAUUCCUUUUCCCCCCCUGAGAUGAGAUACUCAGUGAAGGACCUCACAUGUGUAUGGAUGAUGUAUGGGGGUUGCGACUUCACAACUAUUGACGGGAAAACUAAAGACACAAAGAUGAAGUUGAGAGAUGAAAAUACUUUGAUGGAAUUUCAUUUAUCAAAGGUUCGAUUCCGACACGAGAUAUACGGGGAGGAAAGCAAGGAAGCCGCUCGUACCGUGCUCAUCGUGACAGAGUUCGAGAUCAGAGAUCGACUCCAAACAUCACAGAUAAAUAAGUUCCUUUACCAGUUCCAUAGUGAAGCAAGUCCCAAGCAAUCACAAGCAAACAUGCUUAUUGUGAAAGCUCUACAAUAUAAACCCGAGAAGUCGGGAAGUUCCAUUGAAUGCAAGUUGAAGGUCUCCCUCCAACCACUGAGGUUAAAUGUUGAUCAAGAUGCCUUGGAUUUCAUCACAAAGUUUUUCGACUCAGUUUCGAUUCUGAUCUCAAAGUCAGAUAGUGAUGUCACAGAGCAUACUGUUCCUCAUGAAUUGGUGGCCAAUCCUCCAGUGAUAAAGACGGCGACAGACGAUGCGCAUGAGGCAGUGGAAGAGGACACCACUGACGCAUCACAAACACCUUUAUUCUUCCGUGAAAUUAUUUUCUCCCCUGAAGUUCCAAUCCGACUUGAUUACCACGGGAAGCAUAUCGAUACUGACCAGGGUACAUUAGCAGGGUUGUUGAUGGGGUUGGGGCAGCUUAAUUGCUCACAACUUAAACUAAAGAAGAUCAUCCAUCGACAUGGGAUCCUUGGUGUGGAUAAGAUGGUAACCUUCAUGUUGAAUGAAUGGGCGGGAGACAUCAGGAAGAAUCAACUGCCUUCCAUACUUGGUGGGGUUGGUCCUCUACAUUCGGUGGUUCAAUUCUUCCAAGGCGUGCAUGACCUUGUUGUGAUGCCAGUUGAACAAUACAAGAGAGAUGGGAGGAUUGUGAGGGGGUUGCAACGUGGAACAUCUUCCUUUGGUGCUUCAGCUACGAUGGCAACAUUAGAAUUAACCAACAGGAUGGUAUGGUUGGUGCAGAAGGCUGCAGAGACGACGUACGAUGUUGUUUCACCCCCUCAACUUCAUGUUAAGAGGGAAAAGCGUCAACAAAACUGGCGUAACCUCGGCCCUCAUGCGUCGAGACAUAAACAACCCAAUGAUAUUCGUGAAGGUUUCAACAACGCGCUUACUGUGGUUAGGAGUGGGGUGUCAGAUGCUGCGUAUUCUAUCGCACGAGUCGCACAAGAGGAACACGAACAGAAAGGCAUCACGGGUGCGGUGGGCGGUGUGUUGCGUCAUCUACCCCCCACCCUGGUUAAACCAGUGAUCAUCGCAUCGGAGGCAACAUCCAAUGUUCUGAGUGGGAUGCGGAACCAGAUCCUUCCUGAUGCUAAAAGGGAGGACGAUGAAAAGUGGAGGAAUGCGUCGUGAUCUUGUGCUGGCUGUUGGAAUAAGCCAAACUUUUGCAACUGCUUCACUUGACUUUGAACGCCUCCUCCUUUAUUUUACAACUGGUGGAAUCAAGCGAACUUUGGGAAACACGUUGCUGAUUUUCGUGCAAUUCGUUUAACACUGUGACGAUACACUGUUUGUGAUGUCACUGUUACAAACAAUCACCUCCAUCCAGAUUGGAAAGAAGCACGGGGGAUUUCAAAUUCUGCAGAAUAUUGCUAACCAGGAAGGCAAUCUACUCACAGGUCGUUUGUAAUCAAUACCGGAUAAAACUUUAAUCAAUCAGCGCAAAAAUUGGUGCAAAUCCAUCAUUUCGAAAGGAAAACUGUGCAAGAAAUAAAUCUUUUCAGUCUGAACCAUCAUUAUUUAUGAUGUCACAAUAGGGAUUGUUUAAAUCACAAACGGUGCUGUUGUAACUUAAAUAAUACUAAUACUGGAAGUUUGGAAAUAUCUGGCCAUUCAUAAAAUAAAGUUACUUUCACUCCAUGUUUUAUGUUUGUUAGCAACUUAUUCAUGGUGACUUAUCUGUUUUGUAUUUUGUUUCCAUUUAAUGCAGAACGAUUGUUACUAAGUACACAUUGGUAAAUUAUUAUGUGGCAACUUUAUAUUCAGUACUGCAGUAGAAACGGCUGGCAACACUGUAAGAUUGCAGUAACUAAAGGAUUUCUAAUGUGGAAGAGUGCACCUCCAAAAUAUAAGCAUGACAACGCAUAAAUACUGAAUGCGAUAGUAAACCCACCGAUCUUUGCCACUCAAUCUAAAGGUUGAUUUACUUGUGUUGUUAUGUAUACAGAUAAAGGUUCUAAUACAUAAGUUCUGUAUGAAAACAAGCAGAAAUAAUGUAAGGGUUACUAUAAUGUAAACAUAUUGUGCUGUAUGGUAUAUGAAGUUUUUAAUCCGGCCCAUCACGCGCUCAUAAUAAUGCAAAUUUAAUUCAUAUUGUAGGGCAGGGUAAGAUGGUUCAUGUUUUUACUCUCUUUUAUCGACUCAUUUGGUUGUAAACAACAUUUACCCGAAUUAUAAAAUCUAAAAGAGCGAUGUUAUUUAUUAAAAUACGAUCGGGUAAUAUAAAAUAUUCUGUGCUUACACUGCCCAUCUUGCCCUGCAGAACUAUAUUUCUGCCGUUACUUUAUGUGUUAAUUGUGGUAGGCAUAUCCACAUGUAUUAUUAGUAAUUCCAAACAGGCCCAAAAAGUUUCCACUCCUAAUAUAUUUGCAAUCCACCCAUGUUCUAUAUAAAGCCUGGCGAUUCCCAUUUUGUAAAAGUUUGUUUUUAUUGUUGUUUUAAUGCAUUCGCUGGUUGGUAUGAAAUAUAUUUGAAAUAUUAGA